GGGUGUCCAUAAUAAUAUUAUAUUCGAUAUCAAGCACGUGUUGACUAUAAAUAUUAAAUUGUAACUUGUUUGUUAGUGUUGACUGUCGAAUAUACCUACAAGAGGGUUGUAACUUAUUGUUUACUAUUAACAAUUCAAACAUAAUAUAAUUGACAUUUCUCUUUAAUUUUUUGACUAACUAUAAAAUGGCAAAGAAAAGUUUAAAAAGGAAACAAAAAACUGAGGAGAUUCAAGAAGAGGAGCCUAAAGUAGUCUUGCCUCUAGUUCGAAGAUCAGACGAGCCAGUCAUCAAAAAAACAAAAUGGAUCAAUAGGGAACGAGUAUUAGUAUUUGCUACCCGUGGUAUAAGUUUUCAACACCGUCAUUUAAUGAAAGAUUUUAUCAAAAUGUUACCGCAUUCAAAGUCUGCUUUUAAAAUGGAGAAAAAAGAAAACUUAUUUGUAGUCAAUGAGAUGUGUAAAAUGGCACAUUGCAAUAAAUGCAUUUUAUUUGAUGGAAGACUUCAGAGAGAUUUGUAUAUGUGGUUUGCGAAUAUACCAGAAGGACCUAGUGCAAAGUUUCAUGUAGAAAGUAUUUACACAAGUGCAGAGUUGAAAUUGACUGGAAAUUGUCUAAAAGGAUCUCGACCAAUUUUAUCAUUUGAAAAAUCUUUUGACGAACACCCACAGUAUUCAUUAUUAAGGGAAUUAUUUAUCCAAAUAUUUGGGGUACCUAACCAACAUCCUAAAAGUCAACCAUUUGUCGAUAAUGUUCUGAACUUUUCGGUUUUGGAUAACAGAAUUUGGUUUAGGAAUUAUCAAAUUUUAGAUGAUAAUGGUGCUAUAGCCGAAAUUGGACCACGCUUUGUACUACAACCAAUCCGUAUCUUCAAAGGCAGUUUCUGUGGUGAAACUCUUUGGGAAAAUCCAUUAUAUGUUACACCAGCCAAAACAAGGCAAUUAGCAAGAGAAGGCAAAAAAGAUAAAUAUGCCAACAAUAAGAUUCAACGUAAAGCUAAGAAGACUAAGGAAUUCCUAGAAUCAUUCCGCGUUAAACCAGAAAUUGAAAUGUUCAGAGAUGGGAAUGUAAAAGACAAGGCUAGGAAAUUAUUAGCUAGAGACAAAAAACCCGUGAACUAGUCUUUAAAUAUUGUAUAUUUUUAUAUUACAUUUCGUAAUAAAUUAAAUCAUGAAAUAUAUAUGUUUAAAAUUAAAUAAAACGCACACGAGUCAAUAAAA